CUCGAACGAUCUGCGCUGCAACGCAUGAAGUGACAUGUCUAUUCUGAAUGCUGUAUGACCACCUAAAUGUCUAUUAUAAAAUAAUAUAAUAAACGUUAGGUGUAUUUAUUUAUAUUGUACACAUUUCCUGUUGCAUUUACAUCGCUUUUCUGCAGAUUCCGACCCUCUUCGAAUGCAGCUAUUGGUCAAAUUGCCUGUCAGUCAGGGAGAGCGACGGUUUGACGGAGCACGUGAUCAAUCAGGUUGAGACUUGAGAGGACAACUGAAACAAACGACAGGACUGAAGCAAGUACUGUAUUUACAUAUGAAUUGCCCUUAAAUAGUAUAAACAACCUUUAAUCCUUAUAUAUUAGUUUAUGUAUCAGCUGUGUAAAGUGCAACGCUGGAUAUUAACAUCAUUGUUGACAUUUAACAAAAUGAACUCGCUAACGCAAAAGGUUACAAAUGAUGCUUGCGAGGCAACACAUUAAGAACGAGACAGACAAAUUAAGGAAGAAAUAAUGUGAAGAUCACCACCGCACCCACGAUCAGAAGACCAAAGACAACAACACUUAUCAGGAUUGUAAGAUGUGAGGGUGUGUUUGGUGUUGAUACAGAUGAAGUGAAGUCAGUGUCGGUGAUGGAGGGAGAUACUGUGACUUUAAACAGUGAUCUUACUGAAAUCCAGGAGGACGAUUUGAUCAUGUGGAUGUGUGGAGAUUCUUGUAUAGCUAAACUCAACACGACAUACCAAAUGAUCUCUGAAGGCAAUGAGAGAUUUGAGGGCCGAAUAGAGCUGGACAGUAUGACUGGAUCGCUCACCAUCAGAAACAUCUCAACCACAGACGCUGGACAAUAUAAAGCUCAGAUCAUUGGAGAAAAAGUGACAAGGAAAACGUUCAAUGUUACUGUCAAUGCUCGUCUUCCCGUUCCUGUCAUCAUCAGUUAUUGUCCACAAAAUCCUCCAUCAUCGGAAAUAUCAUCAGUUUCAAAAUGUGUGUUGAUGUGUUCAGUGUUGAGUGUGAGAGAUGCAACUCUCUCCUGGUACAAAGGAAACCGUUUAUUGUCCAUCAUCAGUGUGUCUGAUCUCAACAUCAGACUCUCUCUACCUCUGGAGGUUGAAUAUCAGGAUACAAACACAUACAGAUGUGUACUCAAAAAUCCCAUAUCAAACCAAACUCAACAUCUCAACAUCCCUAAACUCUGUCAGCCGUGUUCAGAUUGUGUCUGCUGUUGUGGUACUACUGAAGCUGUGAUCCAGUUGGUCAUUUCAGUUCUGGUGGGCGUGGCUACUGUUGUUGUUUUAGUUUAUGACAUUAUGUCCAGAAGAGCUGAACAGCAAAGUGGGCAAACAAGGGCUUCUGCUGUUCUAGGUCACUAAUGUGUGUUUUUAUUAUAAGAGGAGCCUAUAGCGUGCAUAUUUGUACGUUUUAACAAUCACACUCAUAUUUUCAUUUAGCUUACACAAUGAUUUCUCUUGUUGUGGUUUAGUAAUGUAGGUGGUGACCUGCAUCUGUGUCACUUUCUGUGUUAUAACCUGCAGGAGCAAGAACAGGAAAUUGUUUUGCAAGAAAAAAAAUGUGUUACUUGUUACUGAAAAAAUGUGACCCCUUACCAUCAGUCACACCUUACACUGUAAAAACCUUGCUGUAGUUAUGCAACUGUUUGCCAGUAACUUACUGUAGAUUUAGAUUUUUGUUAUUUACUGGCAACAGUUUGUUCAAAGUUAAAUAAACAUUAAAUAUUAACAAGUCUUUAUCUUUACAGAAGAAAACUGUAAAAUAACAGCCUCAUGCAAAGCAUUCAACUAGAAAUCCUCAUUAACCUUUUUCUGUUUUUUCCUUCAGAUUUUGGUUCCCAGAAUGCUUUGCAUGAUGCUGUUAUUUUAGUUUUAUUCUGUAAAGACAAAGACUUGUUCAUGUUAAUCUUCAUUAACUUUGAAUAAACUGUUGCCAGUAAAUAACAUCAAUUUAAAUCUACAGUAAGUUACUGGCAAACAGCUGACUAUAAAACUGUCAUUUCUACAUAAAUGUUUAACUUUAUCUUUAUAUUGAUUAUAUGUUACAGUUAACAAAAGCUAAAUUCCUGCCUGUGAUGAGAUACAUUUAUAUAUUUUUAAUAGAUUAAAUUACACUUUUUAGACAAUUUAGAUAACAAUUUUUUAAGCUUUUGGUAUAUGUGAGUAAAUUCAUAUUAAGAUAAUUUUUUUUACACAUCAUAACACUACACAUAUUAUGAAAAUUUGCAAUCAUACCCUGCAGUCUGCCAUGUUUUCUAUUUCAUGUUUUAUACUUCUUAUGUCUAUAUUGUUUGUUCAAAAAUAUAUUUUCUGUAAAUUGGCAUUGCAACAAUGUAAAAUAGUAAAAAGCACUAUAUAAAUAAAUUGGAAAUUGACAUCAGAAUAAUGUAGAUUUUCUGUCCUGUCAUGACCAAAUAUUGAUUGUAAUAUUUAUAAUUUUUUAUCAGAAAAUUAAAACUCAUGAACAAAAAACUCAUAAUGCAACGGCGAGUGAAAAAAUAAUUUACAUUGCGAUAUGUAACC